GUUAGUUUUUAACUGCAAUCGUUGGCGAGAGGUUGUGUAGUAGUCGAGUGAUUAGAAUUGUGAUUAAAUUUAAAAUAUGGUGAAAAGAGAAGACACAGUGUUGAUAGUACCUACAAUGGCUCGUACACCUUUAAAAUCAUCUUUUUCAAUUAGUUCGAUACUUCCUGAAACAGCUUUAGAGGCCCCAAAGAGUCCACAGCAGACGCCAAGUCCAACUCCGAUAUCAGAAACUGAUUUGAGCGAUUCUGAUUGUGAUCUGGACGUUACUGGUGAUGACGACGAUUCUCCUGUGGUAGACUGCUCAAAAUCAGAAGAAAAAUCUUCCGAGGAUAAGAAAUCUAAAGAAAAGCCACCGUACAGUUACAACGCUUUGAUUAUGAUGGCCAUUAGAAAUAGUCCUGAAAAGAGAUUGACUCUGAAUGGUAUUUACGAAUACAUAAUGUGCAACUUUCCAUACUACAGAGAAAAUAAACAAGGCUGGCAAAAUUCCAUAAGGCACAAUUUGAGUUUGAAUAAGUGUUUUGUUAAGGUUCCAAGGCAUUAUGAUGACCCCGGAAAAGGAAACUACUGGAUGUUGGACCCUUCAGCUGAAGACGUUUUUAUUGGAGGAACCACUGGAAAGCUUCGUCGCAGGUCAACCGCAGCUUCCAGGUCCCGUCUAGCAGCUUACAAGCGAACAUUAUCCAUGUACUCACCCUUACAACCGAUGUAUCCAGGAUUCUAUCCUCCAUCUCCGGCACUUCUAGCAGCAGCUUACCAAAGGUACCACCCGUAUAUAGCAACUAUGGGUAGUACGGCCAUACCAACCGUCCUGAGGCCAUCUCCAGUACAACCACAGCCUGGUCCACAACCUUUUAGUAUGGAAAGGUUACUCGGGGCAGCACCUAGUGUUGACUUCUUCAGACAACCUUUGGAUCUGUACAGUAGCUUUAGGCUGCCUCCUCCGCCUAGUAUGUUAGCGCAUCACCAAAUGGCGUUAUCACCUACGAGCAGUUCCAGCUCACCAGAACCUAGAACCAGUCCGGACACAUUGUUUAAACCAGUGGCUGUGAUGUCUAGGCAUAGUUGAGAAUAUUUUGAAUCACUUAGAAAAUGAACAUUACACAAUUUAGAAAAGGCUGGUUCUUUUUUGACUUGGACAUUUGUCUGUCUUUCUCAUAGACGUUUUUAUGUACAAAACUUUAUGUGAGUAUCACAUUUUAGCUUUAAUAGGUACGUAGGAUACACAAUUCAUGCAUUCAAAAAGUUAGGUAUGUAGCCUAUAAAUUUAUUAAUAUUUCCUAUGUUGUUUCACCAAAAUAACUGUCAACAGUACAACUACAGUACCUAUAUUUAUAUUUUCAGCUAUAUUGAUGUUUAUAAAUCAAAUAUUUAAUAUUCGACUAAUUAGUUAAGAACGUAAGCGCAACAUUUCGUUCCAAUGCUUUUUAAAUGCAUUCAUUUUUUUUCAAAUCCUGAGAAAACUAAUAAGUAUUUUUAAAAAAUUUAAACGCAGAAUGAAAGAUUACAUUAUUACCGAGGGCGGAAACUCCCUGAAAACUUCUAUAAUGUUUGUUUUAAUAAGCUACACGAGUGAAAAAAAAAGAGAAAAUGUAUGAUUUUUAAUUUCAAAUAUCUUAUUCAGAAGAAACUUUUUGUUUAUUCUAAGAGACUUGCUGUCUCGGUAAUAAUGUAAUGAUUCUUUCUGCGUUUAAAUUUUUCAAAAAUAUUUAUUAGUUUUUUCAGGAUUCGAAAAAAAUUAAUGAAGUUAAAAAGCAUUGGCCCGAAAUUUUGCGUCUACGCUCUUAAACGUAGUCAUCUUACUUUUUACAUAUUUUGAUCUCUAUGACACGUCCAAUUAAAUUGAAGAUUUUUGUAGUAUCUGUAAAUAGUUGUAAUAUAGUACAUUUCUCUUGUGAUGUUAGUUGUAAGUAAAUUGUACAGUAUUAAAUUAUCUAUUACUUAUUGAAAAGAAUAAACUAUAUCAAAUAACCA